AUGCUUCUACUCGAUCGUAUUCGAAAUAUAUCUCUAAUAUGUCUAACAGCGUUUGGAUGUGCAGGAAACAUACUAACAUUCAUUAUUGUCAAUCGAUGUUUCUUUCGUAAAACAUCAUCGUCAGCAUUCAUCUCCGGUCUAUGUAUUGCUGACAGCAUGGUGUUAUGUUUACUUAGUUUUCAAGUUAUCGGAAAAAUGUAUUCACCAGUAACAUCAUACGAUUGUGGUGUUUUCUUUUUUCUGGAUGUAUUUCGUCUUCUAUCUGUUUGGAUUAUUUGUUUUAUAAAUUUGGAACGGUGUUCACUGGUAUUUAAUCCAUGUCAUAUAUCACGGUUAACGAGUCGGAAAAAAGCAUAUAUAUUUGUCAUAAUAUUAUUUAUCAUAUCAUUAAUUAUAUUUAGUCAUUAUGCAAAACACAUGAAUAUAGAGUAUACCUAUAGUACUAAUCAAACAAUGCCUAUUCGUUCAAUUUGUGUGUUUAAACCAAAAUUUCAUCGUGUAGCAUGGGAAUGUAUACGAUCAGCAUUAACAUAUUGGUUAACAGUUCCAGUUUGUAUUAUUUGUAAUAUUAUUAUUAUAAAAUGUCUUUAUCAUGCAUCACGUUUUCAACGUACAUCAUAUAAUAAUUUUAAUGAAACAUUAAAUUUAUCAAGUAAACAACGACAAUUAACAGGAAUGCUUGUAACGUCAUCUAUAUGUUUUGUUUUAACUGUAACACCUUCAACAAUACAUUCAAUUUAUUUAGCAAUAUCGAAGAAUUUUGCUGGACAACAAUAUAUCAUACAUGUAUUGACAAAUAUUCUUCUUCAUUUUCAUCAUGCAUCUAAUUUUUUAGCUUUCAUUUUUUCAUGUUCACGUUUUCGCGUAGAAUUGAUUGAUUUUUUUCAGAAAAUUUUUUGUGCUGGAAUAUUUGAAAAAUGGCACAAACGUUCAACAGCUACUACAGAACAAAUGUAUGUUUAUUCAACCAGACAUCAAAAAACACCAAUAAAAUUGUUUACAUCAAAGUCAAAUAUGCGCAAACGAAAUAAUCAAAAUGGAAUUGUAGUGAUAACAAUGAAUAACUUUAAUACAAGACAAGGAAAAAAUCAUGGGCCUGGUCGAGAAGCUUUUUAUAAAUAA